CUUUCAGUUUCAGUACCUUCUUUCAGUUUCAGAGCUUUAAGAAAUAAUAACAUAAGAAACUGGGCAAAUUGUUUUUGCAGCAAUAUGUUGUAUAUCUCAGUUUUUUAGUUGUGGAUUUCAUAGAAAAUAUAACAAAGUAAUGUAAAUGUCACCUAAAUGAACACAACACGUUGCCUGAGGCUUCAUACUGGUCUCUGAGGCUUCAUACUGGUCUCUGAAGCACAGUUGGUUUCUCCACAUUCACAAGCUCCUCAUGAAAAUGUCCAAAGAGUCACAGGAGGUGGGACAAGACAACACAACACAACAACCAAACAACCGAUGACAACAGUAGAAACUCAGCCGGGCACAGAUGACCACGUGCGGCCAAUCAAACGAGGGGACUCCGAGCCCAGUUGGCCAAUGGGGGCAAAGGUCUGGGUAUAAAUGCUUAAGUCCAUCACCUGGCAGAGUUGGGCAUCCCCUACAUUUGGUGGACAGGAUCUGAUCCCGGGAUCUGUUACCUUUUUCUUUUCUCCUGAGCAGACGGAGUAAGAAUCGCAGCCAUGACGAAGAACUGCCACAACGACUACAAAAUGAAGUUUACCACGGAUGAGGAGUUCCCUGAUCUGUCCCAGCACAACAACCACAUGGCCAAGGCGUUGACCAAGGAGAUCUACGAGAAGCUGAGGGGCAAGUCCACCCCCAGUGGCUUCACCCUGGACGACGUCAUCCAGACUGGGGUCGACAACCCUGGCCACCCCUUCAUCAUGACCGUGGGCUGUGUUGUCGGUGAUGGGGAGUGCUACGAGGUCUUCAAAGAUCUGCUGGACAUCGUCAUCUGUGACCGUCACAGCGGAUACAAGCCUACCGACAAGCACAGGACCGACCUGAACUAUGAGAACCUGAAGGGCGGUGACGACCUGGACCCCAACUACGUGCUGUCCAGUCGUGUUCGUACCGGCCGCAGCAUCAAGGGAUUCACCCUGCCCCCCCACAACAGCCGUGGAGAGCGCAGAGCCAUCGAGAAGCUGUCCAUUGAGGCCCUGGCCAGCCUGGAGGGUGAGUUCAAGGGAAAGUACUACCCCCUGGAUGGCAUGACUGACGCCGAGCAGGAGCAGCUGAUUGCUGACCACUUCCUGUUCGACAAGCCCGUGUCCCCCCUGCUGACCUGUGCUGGUAUGGCCCGUGACUGGCCCGACGCCAGAGGCAUCUGGCACAAUGAAAACAAGACCUUCCUGGUGUGGGUGAACGAGGAGGAUCACCUGCGUGUCAUCUCCAUGCAGAAGGGGGGCAACAUGAAGGAGGUCUUCAGACGCUUCUGCGUCGGCCUGCAGAAGAUUGAGGCGAUCUUCAUGAAACACGACCAUGGCUUCAUGUGGAAUGAGCAUCUGGGUUAUCUCCUGACCUGCCCUUCCAACCUGGGAACCGGCCUGCGUGGUGGCGUGCACGUCAAGCUGCCCAAGCUCAGCACACAUGCCAAGUUUGAGGAGAUCCUGACCAGGCUGCGUCUGCAGAAGCGUGGCACAGGUGGUGUGGACACAGCCUCCGUGGGCGGUGUGUUCGACAUCUCCAACGCUGACCGUCUGGGCUCCUCCGAGGUGGAGCAGGUCCAGCUGGUGGUUGACGGUGUCAAGCUGAUGGUUGAGAUGGAGAAGAAGCUCGAGAAGGGAGAGUCCAUUGACGGCAUGAUCCCUGCUCAGAAGUAAAGUGAACAGACAACCAGUGACUGAAGGACUGUCUGUGUUUGUUUUUUUAUAUUCUAAAAAAUGAACGGGUAGCCUUGAUGCAAAGUUCUCUUACUUGUUACACGGCUACUUUCUGCCUACUCCUUUCCAUCAACAAGACACUCCACCUUUGUCUCAGCUUUUCUUACUUCAGUUUUCCUGCUUUUUCUUUGGUUCUUCCUUCUGAUUUCCCGUCACUGUGACCCCCUCUCUCUCCCACUCUCUGUAACAUCCUGGGAUCAAUCCACGCAUAGUCCGGUCAUGGCUAUGUGCACGCACCAAAAGGAAUAAAUGUUUUUGGCUGUAAAAUAUAACUGGACAAUUAAACUAUGCCCCAUGUAACAUUCAAACUAUCUAACUUGUGUUUUCUUUAAGGGACGCACACAGCUCUUUUGCAACUACUCAUACCAAACCUUCACUGAUGUGGUUUUACUUCCAUGAAUAAAUAUAUUUUAAUAUGAAGAAAAGUAAACAA